GUGACGUUAGUUGUCUUGCGUUGAGAAACUGUGCAGGAAACGCCAGCCAUAGAAGAGAUCACGCUUUUUAACACCGUGGCACAGUACAAACAACGGAAAAUGUGCUACACGUUAUAUUAUUAAUGUUCGGAAACUGCCGCUCUCUUCGGAUUCUUACCAGGACCUUCGGAGACGACCAUCGAACGCGUUUCCGCCGAGGGAUUUACAACUCCCACCCUUGAAAGAGCUGCCUUUCUGCAGACUGAAAACAUCGGGUGGGUAGAGGAUCCGUGGAGAGGGGCUGUCUGUUUUCUGAAGCCAUGAGGGAGUAUAAAGUGGUCGUGUUGGGCUCGGGCGGCGUGGGCAAAUCUGCAUUGACUGUCCAGUUUGUGACGGGAUCCUUCAUUGAGAAAUACGACCCCACAAUAGAGGAUUUUUACCGAAAGGAGAUCGAGGUGGACUCGUCUCCCUCUGUUCUGGAGAUACUGGACACGGCGGGGACAGAACAGUUCGCCUCCAUGCGAGACUUGUACAUCAAAAACGGGCAGGGGUUUAUUUUGGUCUACAGUCUGGUCAACCAGCAGAGCUUCCAAGACAUCAAGGCGUUGAGGGAUCAAAUCAUCCGAGUGAAAAGAUACGAGCGAGUGCCCAUGGUAUUGGUUGGAAAUAAAGUGGACUUGGAAGGCGAGAGAGAGGUCUCUUCCGGGGAAGGCAAGGUGCUGGCUCAGGAGUGGAAUUGCCCGUUUAUGGAAACUUCUGCCAAAAAUAAAGGCUUGGUCGACGAACUGUUCGCAGAAAUCGUGAGACAGAUGAACUAUUCCUCAUUACCCAGCGUUGGAGAUCGCUGUUGUUCUUGUGUUCUUUUCUAAGAAAACAUCUUUAAGUUUGCAACUGUGAUUGUUAUCUAGCUAAGUAAAACUCAUAAAAAACAAGGCCUGUUUUGAUAACUUGUUGAUAACAAAAUUAUACGGCCUCUUUUUGAUAAUGCGACCGUCAGUAUUAUUGGAAAGCUAUUUGCACACACAAUCGACGAUGACAACAAUUUAUAUUGAAAUAGCCUAAAAAGUGUUUACAUGACAAAGUACUUGAAUGUUUGAGAUUUUUUUAAAUAUCACACAGCUUUGUAAUUGACACUUUUUCUGUAAACGUGCCUCACUGGGAAUGUCUUAUUGUAAAACCUAAGAGACACUUUUUUUUGUUAUGGAACUUUGGUGGGGUUUGAUUACUGUUGAGUUGUACUUUUUCAUGGUUUCUGGGCGGGUCCUUCUGGCCUGGAGAGGGAUUAGGAUUAAUCCCUUUGCUGAACAGGGAUUGGUCAGUUUUUGUGUGGAUUCUGAUGGGCUCAAGGACCCCCCCCCCACCCCCCAAGAGCAAAAGUUCAUGUUUGGACUUUGUGUCAAAUAAACCCCAAACUCGGUGAAUAUGCACUGGUCACUGGAACUAGCCUAAACCUGAGCAACUAAUUAAAAUGACUAAACAUCAAGAAAUUGUGUAUUACCUGCAGAAAAAAAGGCCUACCAAGAUGUGUUGUCAGGCCAUGGAGUGUUGUGGAUUGCUUUUUUGUGUUUUUCUUCAGGAUUUGGUAACGUUGGAUUUAACUUCCCCUGCCCGUCUCACUCUUCAAUGUGCACAAACAAGGACCUUACUGAUGUGACAUGGGGGGAAAACAGGACCCCAUGUCAAGUGCCUUCCUAAGAAAUACACCUAUGUCUGUAUGUGCCAACCAAGGAGCCCUACAAUCACAACAGUACUUUACCUUUUAAUUUCAGUUGGGCUCAUAGUGAAAGAGGGUUCCGUUUCAUUUUAAUCACUUUUUGACCUCACUCCUUUUUGAUUUGAACUAAACUAUUCGUACACAUUUGCCCAUGGAAGAGGUGGUCAGAAAGUGACAUUUUGGAACUGAAAGCCAAAACAUUCAGGAGAUAGAGGUGCUCAAAGUUGACCAAUUUAGCAUACCAUGAUACAUUUCUUCAUCACUGGAAAAUAUAAAUGGUUGAGUUUGAUAUCAUUUAAACGCUUAACAGGCUUGUAAAACUAUUAAAAAAAAAUAUAUAUUUUUUUUAAUGUCAAUUAUCUAAAAUGUGUAAACUCCAAUUUACAUAUUCUGAGGUAUAUGUGUUGUGCCUGCCAUCAGUUGAGACACAGAAUACUCUUAAAUACAGGUUGGGUGCCAUUCGAAUCUUUAGAAAUAUAAUUCAUAGAAUGGAACAAUCCCUUCAGACCAGUGGAAUUUAGCUGGUGCUACACCAUUGAAAUUUACAUUUGUACUUUCACAAAGAUGGCCACCGGUCCACUCACCGUUGAAUGUCAACUUAAAUGGGAAUGUCUAUUCUAUUAUGUAUAUUUCUAUGAUUUCAAUAGGUUUCAUAUGGAAUAUUGACAGUGUAAUUUCAAACAACUGAUAUUCUAAUUCAUGUCAACAUUUUGUGAUGUGUGGACAAAUCAUCUUUGUGGUACCAUUUGAAAGCUGAAAUUUCUGUUAUUCCCAUUUUAGUACAUUUAGCCAAAACAUGACACCCACCCUAUAUUCAAGAGCAUGCUGUGUCUCAACCAAUGGCAGGCACAAUACAAACGCCUCACAUUAUGUAAAAUAGGGUCUAUGCUAGUACAAAUGCGAAGUUGAUGCUUUUGUAGAUAAUUGAAUUUAAAAGAUAAAAAAAAAAAAGACAUUAAGAAAUGAUUAAAUAGUUUGACAACCCUGUUUGUAAGAUUUAAAAGUGUUUAUUUUCCAGUGAUGAAGACAUGGUGUUCAAAUAAAAAAGGUGUGCGGUUAAAAAGUGAUUUGAAAUAAAAUGUAACGGCCCUUUUUGUCUUUUUCAGUGAGGAAGUUGAGGUGUAGAUGGAAUAACAGUUAUUUCAGGGCAAAGUUUGGCCUCUUUUUUUCCCCCCACACUGGUAUACCUUCACUGAGAGUAUGAACCCAAACAGCUUUAUGUUGUGGGUUCAGCAAAAAGUAAGCCAUGUUUGUUUUUAUCUUAGAAAUAGUUUCUUUUUGAAAUGUGAAUUCCUGAUUUCAAUUGUAAUUUUGACCCCAGACAAGCCUUUUACCACCCACUUGUCUGGAUUGAACAACUUUUAAUACAAAAGGCAUUUUCUGUAAA